AUGCCAUCGAGACCCAACGGAGGUUGCUUCGGCCCGCGAGAGCCAAUCAUGCGUGAUCGACACCCGCAGCGUCACGUGGACCCAGCUAUCGCUAUCGGCGAACUUUUUUUCGUAUCGCCUUUUUUUCCCUUUGGUUCAGCUUCUGCGCUUCAAGCUGGUCUUUUUUUCUCUCAGCCCUUCGCCAUGAAGCUCUCCAAUCAGUCGGAGGUCCCCGUCUAUACCAUCUCCGGCUCCAACACCGCGCGCCCUCUGCCGGAGUGGCUUGCGCGUCGGAGAAAGCGCAGCUUGAAAAAUGAUCCGGAGUAUGCGAACCGCAUCGAACUACUUCAGGACUUUGAGUUCGAAGAAGCAAGUCAAUGCGUCCGUGUCAGUGAAGAUGGCGAAUGGGUCAUGAGCACAGGAACAUACAAGCCCCAGAUUCAUACCCACUAUCUGCCGCAACUUUCCCUUUCAUGGGCUCGCCAUACAGUAGCCCUGAACACCACUUUCCUUCUGUUGUCCUCUGAUUACUCCAAAUCUCUUCACCUGCAGUCCGACCGAUCGCUCGAAUUCCACACCCCGCAAGGCUGCCACUACACUACGAGACUUCCCAGAUACGGCCGUGACUUGGUGUACGAUCGGCAAUCAACCGAAGCCUUGGUUCCCUCAGUCGGUGUUAACUCGGAUGGCAUGGGAGAGGUUUUCCGCCUGAACCUCGAACUUGGUCGGUACAUGCGCAGUUUCGAAGUCGAUGUUGGUGGAGACGAUUUCACCUCUAGCGGUGGUGGUACCUUACAGGGUGGUAUCAACACCGGCGCGGUCAACACCGGUGCGAUUGCCGAGGAAAGUCACAACCUUCUUGCAUUCGGUACUACAUUGGGUACGGUAGAGCUUUGGGAUCCCAGAGCAAAGGGCAGAGCCGGAAUCUUGCUGCCACCCACUCAGUCUGGCCCUGAUGAGCCCCGGCACGAGAUCACGGCCUUGGAAUUCCACCGUUCUGGCCUGACCCUCGGAACCGGUUCUUCGAACGGUCUCAUUCACCUCUACGAUCUUCGGUCCCCCGUACCACUACUCAAGAAGGACCAGGGAUACGGCUUCCCUAUCCACACAUUGAAGUUCCUACAGCCAUCAACACACACCCGCGAACAGACUCUGGACCCGAAGAUCAUGUCCGCAGAUAAGAAGAUCAUCAAGAUCUGGGACCCCCGUGAUGGAAAGCCCUGGACAUCCGUUGAACCGGCCGUCGACAUCAACUCGGUCGCAUGGUGCAAGGAUAGCGGUAUGCUCUUAACUGCUAACGAAGGUCGCCAACAGCACUCGUUCUUCAUCCCGCAACUGGGUCCCGCUCCCAGAUGGUGUUCGUUCCUGGACAACCUCGUUGAGGAGAUGGCUGAAGACCCCAACGAUCCUAACGCUUUCAGCAGCGGCCAGACCGGCGCUGUUUACGACAACUUCAAGUUCUUGACUGUUCCUCAGCUGAAGACCCUGAACCUGGACCACCUGAUCGGCCGAACCAGCCUCCUCCGCCCCUACAUGCACGGUUACUUUGUGGCGCAGCAGCUAUACGAAGAAGCCCGCCUCAUCACCAACCCAUACAUCUGGGAAGAAGAACGUGCCAAGCGUGUUAAGGAGAAGAUCGACAAAGAGCGUGAGAGCCGUAUCCGCGGCAAGAAGAAGGCCGCUGUCAAGGUCAACAAGAAACUGGCCGAGAAGCUCCUUACCAUGGAAGAGAAGAAUGAGCGUCGCAGGGCCCAGCGCGUCCUACAAAAGGGUGGAGAUGACGACAUGGUCGACGCCCCUGCAACAGCCGCAGCAGAAGCAGCACCCACCGAAGAGCCCGGCAAGAACCUCCUGGGCGACAGCCGUUUCGCCAAACUGUUCGAAGACGAAGACUUCGCCAUCGACGAGAACUCUCACGAAUUCAGGCUCCUCAACCCCAGCACAUCCGUCGACCAGCCCCCGAGAAAAGAGCGCGGCCUCACCGCCGCCGAGCAGGAAGCGAUUGACGACGUCCCCGGCUCCAGCUCCGACGACUCCGAGUCUGAAAGCGAGCCCGAAAGAUUCACCAAGCCAGCAACCUCCGGCAAGAUCUCCACGGCCUCCUACAAGCGCACUAACGGCCGCCAACCCCGUAUGGAAGUCACUUCUUCGUCCGGCGUCGGCGCUACUCGCGAUCGUUCGUUCGCUGCCCGCGCCCAGAAUAUGCAGUCUCGCCAGAAACCCACCCGUCGCAGAGGUGUCGUCGGUGAGAGAGAAGUCACCUUCCAGCCUGCAGGCAAGUCCCGGCAGCAGCAGAACAAGGCCCCGGCUCCUGCUGCUCCCACAAACAACACCAGCUUCAAGGCUAAGGAGCGCCGAAGCGCCUCGGGUAACACUUUCCGGAAGAUGUGA